GAAACGUAGACCAAAGGAAGCCGAAGUAUAGGUUUUAGGAGGGUUUAUGGCGGCUGCACCAUAUUUGCCGUUGCACUGUUUCACCCUGUCGAUCUCUGGGUUUUCAUUUUCGCUCGCACUUCCUCGGUUGUUCUCUCCUUUGCUCAUAUCGUCUGUGUCUUCCCCUAGUAUCCCGAAAUUAUUUUGAUGUGCAUGUUUUAGCAGCAAGAAACUUGAUUUUUCUUUCCCCAUUGAACGAUUAAUCAAAGGAAUCAAGUGAGUAUGUGGAGAAAGUUAGCAAAAAAUGCCUAUUCAAGGGAGUUGAAGCUCACUGAAUCUCACUUUUGCUUACCUUCUUUUAAUUCUGUAAAAUUUUCCCUUGACAAGAGUUUUCUCCAAAAAAUCAGACAUCCUGAGACGCAAACACAUGUGAAUUCUUGGAACCAAGUUCCGGGUUUUUGUCGACUUGGUGGAGCAGUUUCCGAGAGAGACGAAAAGGGUAUGCUCGGUUUUUCAUGUGCGAGAAAUGCUUUUAGUUUUUCUUGGCUCGCCGGUCAUUCGAAGGGUUAUGCUAGCGUUGCUGAGGCCAUCGCUUCGAGCGAAACUGAAGAAGAUGUUGAAGAAAAAUCUCAUGAAGUGAGGGCAGAGAUGAACAGAGCAGAGAAUGAGGGAUCCUAUUUCAAGCAGCAGAAGAAAUUGGUGGGAGGAAUGGGGGCAUGGAAGUAUAAAAUGCUUCGCAGGAAGCAGAUGAAGAUGGAGACAGAGGCAUGGGGAGAGGCGGCCAAGGAGUACCAGGAGCUUCUAACGGACAUGUGCGAGCAGAAACUUGCGCCCAAUUUGCCAUAUGUUAAGUCAUUGUUCCUUGGUUGGUUUGAGCCUUUGCGUGAUGCUAUUGCCGCAGAUCAGGCAUUAUGUGAGGAAGGGAAGAAUCGUGCGGGUUAUGCGCCUUAUUUUUUUCAUUUGCAAGCAGAUAAGAUGGCGGUGAUUACAAUGCAUAAGUUGAUGGGGUUGUUGAUGACUGGAGGAGGAAAUGGCAGUACUACGGUGAUCCAUGCUGCUUGCCUGAUAGGUGAAGCUAUUGAGCAUGAGGCAAGGAUACACAAAUUUUUGGAGAAAACAAAAAGAAAGACCGCAAUUAAGAAUCCCGAAGGCGAAUCUGAUAAUACUGUAAGCAAAGAACAAGAGAAACUGAGGAAGAAAGUAUCUAAUUUGAUGAAAAAGCAAAAGGUGCAGCAAGUGAGGAACAUAGUAAAGAGGCAGGAUGAUUCGAAGCCUUGGGGCCAGGAUGCUCAAGUGAAGGUUGGCAGCCGUUUAAUCCAAUUGCUUAUAGAAACUGCCUAUAUUCAGCCUCCAGCUGAUCAGUUAGGGGAUGGUCCACCUGAUAUUCGCCCUGCAUUUGUACACAAGAUAAAAAUUGUCACAAAAGAAUUGCAGAGGGGCAGCAGGAGAUAUGGGGUUAUUGAAUGUGAUCCAUUAAUUCACAAAGGUCUGGAGAGAACAGCUAGGCACAUGGUGAUUCCUUACAUGCCAAUGUUGGUGCCUCCACUAAAGUGGACAGGGUAUGAUAGAGGAGCUUAUUUAUUCUUGCCAUCGUAUAUCAUGCGCACACAUGGAGCUAAGCAACAACGUGAAGCUGUUAAAAAGACUUCAAAGAAUCUACUAGAAUCUGUUUUUGAGGCCCUGGAUACACUCGGGGACACCAAAUGGAGGGUAAAUAAAAGAGUUCUUGGUGUCAUCGACAGAAUAUGGGCUAGUGGAGGGCGCUUAGCUGACUUGGUCGACCGUGAAGAUGUUCCUUUGCCAGAGGCACCAGAUACUGAAGACGAAGCAGAACUUAGGAAAUGGAAGUGGAAAGUUAAGGCUGUGAAAAAAGAGAACAGCGAGAGGCAUUCACAGCGGUGCGAUAUAGAACUUAAACUUGCUGUGGCUCGAAAGAUGAAGGAUGAAGAUGGCUUCUUCUAUCCACACAAUCUGGAUUUUCGGGGUCGUGCAUACCCUAUGCACCCAUAUUUGAACCAUCUUGGCUCUGAUUUAUGCCGAGGCAUCCUAGAGUUUGCGAAGGGGCGCCCUCUUAGGAAAUCGGGCUUGCGUUGGCUCAAAAUACAUCUGGCAAAUUUAUAUGCUGGUGGUGCGGACAAGUUAUCCUACGAAGGUCGUUUAGCAUUUACGGAAAAUCAUCUGGAUGAAAUAUUUGAUUCAGCGGAUAGGCCUCUGGAAGGGAGACGCUGGUGGUUGAAUGCAGAAGAUCCUUUUCAAUGUUUGGCAGUAUGUAUGAAUCUCUCAGAAGCAUUAAGAAGCUCCUCGCCAGAGACUAUUAUUUCACAUAUGCCUGUCCACCAGGAUGGUUCGUGUAACGGCUUACAACACUAUGCUGCCCUUGGAAGGGAUAAGUUGGGAGCAGCUGCCGUGAAUCUUGUUGGAGGGGAAAAGCCUGCAGAUGUCUAUUCAGGAAUUGCUGCCAGAGUUCUUGAGAUCAUGCGUAGGGAUGCAGAGCAAGAUCCGGCAACAAAUCCGAAUGCAUUGCAUGCUAGGCUUUUAAUUAAUCAGGUGGAUAGGAAACUGGUCAAGCAGACGGUGAUGACAUCAGUAUAUGGUGUCACUUAUGUUGGCGCUCGUGAUCAGAUCAAGCGGAGGUUGAAGGAACGUUGUGCCAUUGAAGAUGACACAAAACUGUUUGGUGCAGCUUGCUAUGCAGCGAAAACCACUCUCACUGCCUUGGGGGAAAUGUUUGAAGCUGCACGAAGUAUCAUGAGCUGGCUUGGUGACUGUGCAAAGAUUAUAGCUUUAGAGAAUCAGGCUGUGCGGUGGACAACCCCUCUUGGACUCCCUGUUGUGCAACCUUAUCACAAAUUAGGAAGGCGUCUUAUUAAAACUUCCUUACAGGUUUUGGCACUAAAACAAGAAUCUGACAAGGUUAUGGUUAGGCGGCAAAGGACCGCUUUUCCUCCAAACUUUGUUCACUCCCUCGAUGGUUCCCACAUGAUGAUGACUGCUGUUGCCUGCAGGAAUGCAGGCUUGAAUUUUGCAGGAGUCCAUGAUUCAUACUGGACACAUGCAUGUGAUGUGGAUGAAAUGAACAGGAUACUCAGGGAAAAGUUUGUUGAACUCUAUGAAGCCCCAAUAUUGGAAAAUUUGUUGGAGGGCUUUCAGAAGUCUUUCCCGAAAUUGAAUUUCCCUCCCUUGCCAGAGAGAGGAGACUUUGAUCUGAGAGAGGUUUUGGAAUCUCCUUACUUCUUCAACUAGUAGCUGGCUGCUUCGCUUGCUAGUUAAAAGAAUUGUGGCACUAUCGGUACUUUUCAUAUGGGUUUUCAGUCUCAACAUGAUGGCACUUCUAUAUUCUUUCAUUCAUUGGCAAAAUGAAAGCCAGGCGUCUCCCUUCAAAGAAGAAAAAACAGGGGAUUGGGCUGCUCGCCGCGACUUUCGCAGGGGGACUCUCUUUGUACAUAGUAUCAUUUUUAUUCCUACCUUGACUCCUGGAUUCGGCUGCAAGGUCUCAGGGUCCUAAAUUAUGAGAUGAUUGGAUAAAUCAGGGGAGCCUGCGCAACGUGUGGCUGCGGCGAAGCAACAGCUUCAAUAAUAUUGUAUGGUGUAACAUAGCUGCUUGUAAAAUAGAGGAAUAGUUAAUUCACUGGAGAAGGAUGAAUACAUCCCUGGCCAGUUUAAACGUCUUAUUGCAGCUGAUGAGCAAUAAAUCUCAGCUGGUUUUGGAAAAUUGUGUAGGCUUGGAGAGAGAGGACAUAAACGUGGUCGACUAAUAGCAUUUCAUUUGUCCCAUCAUUUGAUUUUGAACAUUUUGCUGUCAGACUUGUAUUGUUGACAUUUUUUUGUUUUUUAUAUGAUCCAAUUUCAAAUAUUCCGAAUAUAGAAAACA